UGCCGUUAUAACUCGUUCUUUGUAAAGGACAUCAUUUAUAUAUUUGUGCUUGUAAACAGAAUUAUAUAUGUUAAUAUGAAUGUGGAAGGUUGUUUUAGGAUUUAAAGCUUCAGUGACUCGUUACCUGUCAGUUAGCACGUAAACAAACACAACGGCUACGGAAGUCGAAGGGAAAACGAGAUCAAUAAUGGACUGAACUUUAAUUUUAUGAAGUUUUUGCAAACACCGAGUGGUUUUGACGAUUGUACUUCAUCGUUUGGCUGUCAUUUCAAAGCCACAGUGAGAUCCAGCAGAAGUCUCAGUCAUGUACUCUGAGUGGCGGUCUUUACACCUGGUGGUCCAGAGUGAUCAGGGUCACCUGAGUGUGCUGCACAGUUACCCGGCAGGCGUAGGUCGUGAUGUGGCAAACGCAGUGGUGCGCCCACUGGGGAACAGCCUUGGAGGCGCGCCGUCUGAGUGCCUCCUCAAGACUGACAAGGAGGUGAAAUGGACAAUGGAGGUGUUGUGUUAUGGACUGACACUCCCUCUGGAUGGAGACACGGUUAAGUUGUGUGUGGAUGUCUACACUGAUUGGAUAAUGGCCCUGGUGUCUCCCAGAGACUCGAUACCUCAGCCAAUCAUCAAAGAGCCCAACCUGUACAUUCAGACCAUCCUCAAACACCUGCACAACCUUUUCCUGCCCAGGCCGGAGCACUUCAGUCUGAUGCACUUUAAGCUGUGUCAGCAGGUGUUGUCUGCUGUACAGAAACUGGCGCGUGAUUCGUCAGGUAUGGCCAGAGAGACGUGGGAGGUGCUGCUCCUCUUCCUGCUCCGUAUCAAUGACACGCUGCUGGCCCCGCCCACAGUGGGAGGUGGUAUAGCAGAGAAGCUGGCAGAGAAGUUAAUCAGUGUGCUCUUUGAGGUUUGGUUUCUGGCCUGCACGCGAUGUUUCCCCACCCCACCCUACUGGAAAACCGCCCGAGAGAUGCUAGCUAACUGGAGACAUCAUCCUCCGGUGGUGGAGCAGUGGGGUAAAGUGAUCGCGGCUCUCACGUCCAGACUGCUGCGGUUCAUGUACGGCCCAUCGUUUCCUCCGUUUAAAGUGCCAGAAGAGGACGCCACUCUCAUUCCAGCGGAGAUGGACAAUGACUGCGUGUCUCAGACGUGGUAUCGCUUUCUACACAUGCUCAGUAACCCGGUGGAUCUGAGUAAUCCAGUCAUAGUGAGCUCCACUCCAAAGUUUCAGGAGCAGUUACUGGGGGGCAACAGUGUUCCUCAUGAGGUCAUCCAGCACCCCUGCCUCAAACAACUGCCCCAGAUCUUCUUUAGAGCCAUGAGAGGAGUAAGCUGCCUCGUGGACGCCUUCCUCGGUGUUGCCGUUUGUAAGACACUCGAGUGUUGCGAAAAUCUGCCCUCUUAUGGAGUGACCGUGUCUAGGAGCAAUAUACAAGACAGACUCCCCUCUAUAGGUGUCGCAGUAUCUCGGAACAAUUUUCGAGACCGUCUCCCAUCUUAUGGUAUAUCCCGCCCCCGGUCAGACAGUGCUCCGCCCACCCCUGUUAAUAGACUUGGUAUGCCGACGCCCCCAACGACAACAAACACUACACCCCCUCACAACCGCAGACACCGCCCCACUGCUGUUACCAAGACAACCAGCAAAGCCUCAAUGACCGGUCAGACCAAAGUGGCGCACCAGCCGUCCUCCACCUCUCCUCUUUCCAGUCCAAACCAGACUAGCUCCGAGCCCAGACCGCUUCCUGCCCCGACCCGGCCAAAGGUCAACAGUGUGCUGAAUCUGUUCGGCCAGUGGCUGUUUGACUCUGCGCUGGUCCACUGUAAACUCCACUCGGGCCUGAGCCGAGACAGCAGUAUGACGGCCCUGGCGACUCAAACUGGAGUUGAACUGAGACGUAAAGGGUCUCAGAUGUCAACAGAAACUAUGGUGUCCAACCCCAUGUUUGACGCUAAUGAGUUUCCUGAUAAUUAUGAGUCUGGUCGAGCUGAAGCUUGUGGAACCCUCUGCAGGAUCUUCUGCAGCAAAAAGACUGGAGAGGAGAUACUUCCUGUCUUCCUGUCCAGGUUCUACAUGGUUCUUAUUCAGGGUCUUCAGAUAUCAGACUUCAUCUGCAGGCCGGUUCUAGCCAGUAUCAUCCUGAACUCAUCGGCUCUGUUCUGCACCGAUCUCAAAGGGAUUAAUGUUGUGGUCCCAUAUUUCAUAUCUGCACUGGAGACUAUACUCCCUGACCGAGAGUUGUCGAAGUUUAAGUCGUAUGUGAACCCCACUGAGCUGAGAAGAGCUUCCAUCCAUAUCCUGUUGUCCAUGCUUCCUCUGCCCCUUCACUUCGGCAACGUCAAAUCGGAGUUGCUCUUGGAGGGGAAAUUCAGCAAUGAUGAAAACUCGCUUCACGACAAGCCGGUCACCUUCCUUUCUCUGAAGCUGCGAUUGGUCAAUAUUCUGAUUGGUGCCUUGCAAACGGAGACAGACUCGAUCAAUACACAAAUGAUACUCGCUGCGAUGCUGGAUAUCGUGCAGGAUUCUGCUUUGUUGGAGUCUGUUGGUGCUCAAGCUGAAGUGGUGAGUGUGGAUGGUCAUCCACUGGCUAAGAGUCACAGUCGCAAUAACAGUGGCAUCAGCAACGCUAGCGCCGGCAGCUCAGAGGCCACGACGCCAGACAGCGAGCGCCCUGCCCAGGCCCUGCUGAGAGACUACGCUCUCCACACAGAUACGGCGGCUGGACUGCUCAUCCGAAGCAUUCACCUGCUCACACAGAGACUCAACUCGCAGUGGAGACUCGACAUGAGCAUUUCACUGGCCGCUCUCGAACUGCUCGCCGGACUCGCCAAGGUGAAGGUGAGUGUGGAGUCGUCAGAUCGUAAGCGUGCGGUGAGCUCCGUGUGCAGUUAUAUCGUGUAUCAGUGCAGCCGUCCCGCUCCGCUCCACUCCAGAGAUCUGCACUCCAUGAUCGUCGCUGCAUUUCACUGUCUGUGCGUGUGGCUCACAGAACACCCCGACAUGCUCAACGAGAAGGAUUGCCUGAUCGAGGUGUUGGAGAUCGUGGAGCUCGGCAUCUCGGGCAGCAAGUCCAAAACAGGCGAACAGGAAGUGAAGUAUAAAGGUGACAAAGAGCACAACCCGGCGUCCAUGAGGGUCAAAGAUGCAGCCGAGGCCACGUUGUCAUGUAUAAUGCAGGUGUUAGGGGCGUUCCCGUCUCCCAGUGGCCCCGCCUCCCCCUGCAGCCUGCUGAAUGAGGACACGCUCAUUAAAUAUUCACGACUCACCUCCACGUCUCACAGUAACUUCAGAUAUUUCGUUCUGGAUAACUCCGUCAUACUUGCCAUGUUGGAGCAACCUCUCGGGAAUGAACAGAAUCCCUGUCCGUCGGUCACCAUGUUAAUCAGAGGAAUGUCUGGUCGCCAAGCGUGGACGAUGCAGCUCUUUCAUCAGCCCAGAGGAGCAAGAGCCAAUCAGAAGCAGGUGUUUGUUCCAGAAAGUCGACCCACUCCCAAAAACGACGUAGGAAUUCGAUUUAACGUGAAGCACAGACCGUUCCCGGAGGAAGUGGAUAAGAUUCCGUUUGUGAAAGCCGACCUGAGCAUCCCAGAUCUCCAUGACAUUGUGGAUAAAGAGUUGGAGCUGCAGCAUGAUAAGCUUCGAUCUGUGAUGGCUGAACAGAUGGAAUAUGAGCAGAAACUCGAGCAGCAAACUGAGGACUUAUGGAGGAACAAACCCUUCCCUGAUCCUCUGACAGACUGUAAACCUCCCGCACCCGCUCAGGAGUUCCAGACCGCUCGACUCUUCCUGUCACACUUUGGCUUCCUGUCAUUAGAGGCACUCAAGGAGCCUGGUAACAGUAGACUCCCUCCUCACCUCAUCGCUCUCGACUCGUCUGUGUCAGGCUUUUUUGAUGACAUCGGCUAUCUGGACCUGCUGCCAUCCCGACCAUGUGACACUGUUUUCAUCUUCUACAUGAAAGCAGGACAGAAGAGCAGUCAAGAGAUCUUGAGAAACGUGGAGUCUUCAUCAAACGUACAGCCUCAUUUCCUGGAGUUGUUGUUGUCUCUGGGCUGGCCGGUGGAGGUCGGGCAGCAUCCUGGAUGGACGGGCAGUGUGUUCACCAGCUGGACCAUUAACACGACUAACGGCGCUGAAACUCCAGAUGAUUGUGUGACUGUGGGUGACACCGGCGGCGGUGUGUUUAACGGAGAGAAGAGCGUUCUCUAUUACGCUGAUGCUCUGACGGAAAUCGCCUUCGUGGUGCCUUCGCUAACAGACUCAUCCGCAGACUCUUCAGAGAACAGUUUCCCGACCGCACACUCUGACUCUCAGAUGGAGUUGUUACCCAGUUUGCUGAAACAGCCCAACCUCACACUCGAGCUCUUCCCUAAUCAUUCUGAUAACAUGGGACCGACCCAACGGUCCCCCACAGUGAAAAGCAGGAAGUUGCCGACAGGCAGGACGAUACCUCCUUUAGGACCAGACACUAAAGUGCUGGUGGUGUGGGUCGAGCGAUACGAUGACAUUGAGAAUUUUCCAGUAUCAGAUUUACUGGCUGAGACGAGCACAGGUGUGGAGACAGCCGUCAACAGCAGCACUGCCAGGUCCAGCUCUUCAGAGAAAGAUGUUCCAAUUAUAUUCAUCCAUCCGCUGAAGACCGGACUGUUCCGAAUCAAACUACAUGGAGCGAUGGGCAAAUUCAACAUGGUGAUUCCACUAGUGGACAACAUGGUCAUUAGCAGGAGAUCACUUGGUUUCCUGGUGCGUCAGACGGUAAUAAACGCAUGUCGACGGAAGCGUCUAGAAAGCGACUCGUACAGCCCGCCACAUGUGCGACGGAAACAGAAAAUCGCCGAAAUCGUGAACCGUUAUCGUAACAAACAACUGGAGCCGGAGUUUUACACCUCCCUGUUUCUGGAGGUCAAUGAGAGCAGCCUCGACCCUUAAACGAACAUGCAAACAAAAGGGGAAUUCGUCAACGUCUGUUUUAAGGGUGCAGGAUUAAUGACGUUUUUAUGUCAGUUGGCAAAAUAUUUUAAGAUUCGUUAACACUUCACAUCAGUGCCCUCCUGAGACGACGUUUACUUAAUAUGCAUUCUAUACUCCUCCUCUCCUUAUUGGUUGAAUCUCACUUAAACAUGCCCAAGUGAUAUAAAUUACUAUUAAAUAUUAUUAUUAAAAAUGUUGUUGACAGUUAAGCACAUUCCCGCCCCCCAAACAAUUACAUAAAUGCUUACGGAGGUUUUUAAUUUUAUUUUUAUUUAAUUAUUUUUCUUAAAUUUUUUGUAAUACUCAUUAAAUACUAAUUUCUGUAAUACUGUAAUUUAUAUCACCAUAUACAAUAAAUAAAUAUUAUAUAUAUAUUAUUAUUUCCACAUUACAUUCAUGAGAUAUUUGGUGAAAAUGUGCUUAAUUCCCUUUAAAAGUAACCUCGGUUCAAAAAAUUUAAUUACAUUUUUCUUUUAAUUUUAAGUAAUUUCUUUAGAUUUGGGGGUGAAAAUGAUCUCGAUCUCAAUACUGUAAUUCAGAAUAAAUUGCGAUUUAUUUCAUCAUCUAUUAUUUUACACAUCAAGGACCGGGACAGUGAACAUCCUCACAUGAAUCAUUUUCCUCUGAAAGCACCAUCACAAAUGAACACUAAUCUCCAUGUCACAUGAUGUGAUGCCAGAAGCUUCCUUCCUCCACACACUUACUCACACACACUCAUAUACACACACACACUUACUCACAGACACUCAUAUACACACACACUCACUCAUACACACUCACACACACACACACACACACUCAUAUAUACACACACACACACUUACUCACAGACACUCAUAUAUACACACACACACUCAUAUAUACACACACACACUUACUCACAGACACUCAUAUAUACACACACACACACUCAUAUAUACACACACACACUCAUAUAUACACACACACACUCAUAUAUACACACACACUUACUCACAGACACUCAUAUAUACACACACACACUCAUAUAUACACACACACACUUACUCACAGACACUCAUAUAUACACACACACACUCAUAUAUACACACACACACUCAUAUAUACACACACACACUUACUCACAGACACUCAUAUAUACACACACACACUCAUAUAUACACACACACACACUUACUCACAGACACUCAUAUAUACACACACACACUCAUAUAUACACACACACACACU